AACUGUAUUUUUUACUUUUAUUUUUCAAGAAGCUAGGAAAUAGCCAAAUCCAAGCAUUGACUCUUUAUCCAAUGUCUUACCCUUUGUCUAUAACUGUCCCUCAUCUUUCACUCUCUACACCAAAUCUCUCUUUCUCAUCUCUCUUUCUUUUCUUAUAAGAAAGAGCAAAAAAGCUUACUUCGUUUUACUAUUUCUAUGAUUCUGAAUUCCACACGAACAUAUAAUAAGAAAGUGAACGAAUAAAAGUUUAAAGUAUUCUUUGUCUCCAUGGCUGCUGAGAAGAAGAAGAAGAAACAUUUACACGAGCUUCUUGAAGAUGACCAAGAGCCUUUUCAUCUCAACCAUUACAUCUCCGACCUUAGGUCUCAGAUGGGCUGCUCUGAGUUGCGUGUCAAGAAACGAAAGUCCGAAAACGCCGCCGUUCUGCCUCACGGUUUCUUCUCAUGCGAGAGUUCUUGUUUCUUCGCGACUCAUGCUAAUAAGUCUCCUCUCUUUGAGCUACGCUCUCCAGCGAAUAAGAAGGUUCGCGACGGUCUUCAUAUUCCGGCGAGAACCGCCGCAAUUCUACUGGAAGCGGCGGCGAGGAUUCAGAAGCAGCAGAAUAAUAAGAGCAAGAACAGAGCUCGGAACAGAGGAAACGCGUUUGGUUUGUUAGGGUCUGUUUUAAAGCGGUUGACUAAUCUUAAUGGGAAACCGCCUUUGGACAACGCUGAUAGAAACGCGGUUUUGUCGGAACCGACGUGUAGGAGUAGCAGCAGUCGAGAGCGUUUGGUUGAGAUUGGCGAUAAGUAUUUUUGUGAGAGCCCUAUUCAUUUCGUUCUCCAUACAACUCCUUCUACUUCCGGCCACCGGACCUCCCACUUCACGUCGACGGCUACUUCUCCGGCGCGACGCAGUACAGAGGACGAAGAUAGCGAUGAGACAGAGAGCUUGGAGAAAGUGAGAGGACAAGAAGAAGAAGAGGAACAAUGUAGCCCUGUUUCUGUACUUGACCCUCUUGAGGAAGAAGAGGACGACAAGGACCACCACCAACAAGAGCCUGGCCAUCUCAAUCUCCCCUCGUGCAGCUUUGAAGUUGUACAGCGUGCGAAAAGGCGGCUACUCAAGAAGCUUCGUAGAUUCGAGAAGUUAGCAGGGCUGGAGCCCGCAGACCUUGAAGGGAAGAUGUCAGAAGAAGAAGAAGUGUGUGAAGAGAGCGAGGAAGACGAUAACAUAAGGGUAUAUGAUUGGGAUGAAGAAUAUGAGGACGUGAAUGAAGCUAUGGCUCGAGAGAGCGGAUGCAUGCAAGAGGAGAGGCAGGAGAAGUGGAUGAUGUUGAAUGCAUGGAGAGUAGGGAUGGGUGCGGAUGUAUACGUGGACGCGGUGGUGCAGAAAGAUAUGAGAGGAGAGGCCGGACAGUGGACAAAACACGGUGGAGAAGUGGAGGAGACCGUCGCUGAUCUCGAGCUCUCCAUCUUCUUGUUCUUGAUUGAUGAAUUUUCCCACGAACUUGUUUCUUCUCAAUCAUGAACAUAUAUAUAAUGAAAUUUAUUAGAGGCA